AUGGGAUCCAGCAACAUGUCGUAUCUGAAUCCACAGACAGUGACCCUGAUUGGAAUUCCUGGACUAGAGCAUGUGCAGUUUUGGAUUGGGUUUCCCUUCCUUGGUGUGUGCCUGGUGGCUCUGUUGGGGAACAUCUUCUUGUUAAUUAUUAUCAGUACAGAACGCAGUCUACACCAACCCAUGUACAUCUUUUUGGCAGUGCUGGCAGCCACUGACCUAGGUCUCUGUGUAGCUAUUGCUCCAAAGAUGUUGGCCAUCUUCUGGUUUGGUGCUUCCUCCAUGGCUUUUGAUGCUUGCCUCACCCAACUCUUCUUCAUCCAUGCCUUGCAAGGUGUGGAAUCUGGUACCCUGUUGGCCAUGGCCUUUGACCGCUACGUUGCCAUCUGUGAUCCUUUGAGACACACAUCCAUCCUCACACCUUUCUUUCUAGUUUGGGUGGUGCUGAUGGUGGCAUGCCGGGCAACAGUGCUUGUUGGGGUUUUACCUAUUCUACUCAAACGACUG